UUAAAAAAUUUUAGCUUUUCGUAAAAAAAAGAUUGUUUUAAAUUUUGGUUUUGUAAGCACCUAACUAGUUUAAGUAGACACACGGUAUCAAUUAGUUGAUGUAUCACUUAGUACUGUUUCUGUUAUGGGAAAUUAGCCUGUCGGUUUCUUUUUCCAAAUAAACAUCCUAAUAGGAUUAAACAUAAUUUGUUUAAUUGCGUAUCUAAUGUGUAAUAAAGGAUGUGGGUAAUUUUUUAACAGCGCAUACUAAAAGCCUUCGUAAAAGCCAAUUAUAUUUAGGGUCAAAUUGAAAUCAGUGCAACACUCUUCCUUAACAAUGAUGUUCAUUUUUAAAAAAUUUAUUGUAAUCGUUAUUCUGUUGGCAUUUGCUUGUAUUAACGGAAGCUGUGAAUCCGAAAAUAUAACGUUUCACAAGUCGUUUAACUCUUCUUCAGAUGAUAAAGGACAAUACGAAGAGGUUUUGAAUCUAGAAAAACGAGUGAGAUCACUGGAACAACCAGUUUGGCAAAUUUCGGAUGAUAGAAACCGAUGGGUUCAAUGUUUGGAAGGCCCAUGCAAAUGUAGACCGGAAAUGAAAAGUCUCAGUUGCUGGCAGCUGGAACUUCCUGACUUACCAUUUGGUCAAAUUGUACCGCAUGACGUACAAAUGAUUGAUCUUGCCAUGAACCAAUUGACCACUCUCAACAAAGAGGCUUUUAAGGCAUUGCCUCGUUUGAUUGAAAUAGAUUUGUUCGAUAAUCAAAUUGACUAUUUACCCGCUGGAACUUUUAACCAGUUAUAUAACCUUCAGUAUCUGAGAAUGCAUAAAAAUAAUAUGAAACGUUUGCCCAAUCAAAUAUUUUCGGCGUUGCAAAAACUGAAAAAUAUUGAUUUGUCCAAUAAUAAUAUCGAAGUUCUAUCUGAAAAACUUUUUAAAUCGUGCCUAAAUUUGGUUGUACUUCAUCUGUCGGGAAACAAUUUGGAGUCAGUACCUGAAAAUAUCUUUAACAAUUUACUCAAACUCGAAGAUUUAGACCUAAACGAAAAUAAACUGCAAAAUAUUUCUGUAUCAACUUUUAAGAAUUUGAGAAAUCUCAAGCGGUUGAAACUGGGCCAGAAUUACCUCUCUGAACUACCGACAGGUGUAUUUAAGGGUUUGCAACAAUUAAUUUAUCUAAACUUAAGAAAAAAUAGUAUUACAUAUGUUAAUUCAAUGCUAUUUUUACAUUUGAGCAACCUGAGGGUUUUGGAUUUAUCAGGAAAUGAUAUACAACAGAUUGAUUUAAAUGCGUUUGUAACGUUGGUCAAUAUCAAGGAACUUCAUUUGGAGCAAAAUUACAUUUCGGAAAUACCCGAAGGUUUAUUUAGAAAGAACGAAAAUUUGGAUAAACUUUUUCUAUUUUCGAACAAUCUCGAAACUUUGAUGAGACGAAGCUUUUUGGGACUGAAGAAAGUGUCUCUGUUGCUACUUAAUAAUAAUUUAUUAAAGGAUUUUCAUUCAGAAACGUUUCGAUUUGUUCCAAAUCUUCAAAAACUACAUUUAGAUGGUAACAAAUUGCAAUAUUUACCCUCUAGAAGCCUCGAUGGUCUAAUACAUUUGAUAUCAAUUCGUCUAGCAAAGAAUCCGUGGCAUUGUGAUUGUACUAUAUUGUAUUUAGCAGAGUGGGUUUCUGAUAAUAAACAAAAACUGUGGGAUUCACAACCACUUUGUAGAAGUCCAAAUAAAUUUGGUGGAAUUGCGUUGAUGGAAAUGGAUUUCAAUGUGCUGUGUGAUGGCCAUUGGGCUAGUCGAUUUCACCUUUCAGCAAGGCUCCCCAUACGGCCUGUAGUAUUUCCACCACCGAAGACAAACUUAACAACGUUUAAAGAAAUAAUGACAUUGUAAUUUUAUAAAGGUUUAUAUCUCUUAUCUUCAUGUGAAACAACGAAUGUUUACUUUCUUCUUUGAAUUGACCACUAGCGGAAACAAA